AUGUUGACACCAGUUACUUCGUCCGCCGUGCUUUACCUGGACCAUCCCAACCUUAGCGGUGGUGACCUAGGCCAUCCCGCAGGAGCGAAAGUAAUCGAAGAUGAGGUCAAAAUUGCGGAGGAAAAGUUCCAGGAGUCUAAAGAACUGGCCGAGACUGCCAUGAUCAACUUUCUGAGCUCAGAUCCCUCGUUGGAUCGGGAGCCCCGCCGGGUUGGCCCCAAUCCCGGCGGCGAGGAGAGGAAGUCGGAACAGCAUGGUGGAGAGGGGCUGCUCCGUCGUUAA